AUGACUACCACACCUGAGCUGCGCUCCUCCCACCCCUCGACAAAGGUCGUGGAUCGCAUCGCUCAGUCGGACCCGUCCAAGCCGUUCUACACCUUCGAGGUCUUCCCACCCAAAACCGAUGCAGGACUCGUCAACCUCCUCGACCGCAUCGACCGCAUGUCGGCGCUCAACCCAGCCUGGAUGCACGUAACCUGGGGCGCAGGCGGGUCGACCCAAGAACGGAGCUUGCAGCUCGCGGGCGAGAGUCAGAGUAUGGGCCUCGAGACGUGCUUGCAUUUGACGUGCACGAACCUUGAGGAGGGCGUGUUGGAUCGGACACUGAAGCGGGCGAAGGAGCUGGGUGUUGUCAACUUGCUGGCCUUGCGAGGAGACCCUCCUCGAGGCGAAGAGUACUGGACGGCGUCGAGCGACAAGUUCCAGCACGCGACGGACCUGAUCAAGUAUAUCCGCAAGGAGUACGGCGACGACUUCUGCAUCGGUGUUGCUGGCUACCCCGAGGGCCACGCCGACUCGGCUGACAAGCUCGCCGACGUCGAGUACCUCUUCGAGAAGCAGCAAGCCGGCGCAGACUUUGUCGUCACCCAGCUCUUCUACGACGUCGGCGUCUUCAUGGAGUGGUACCGAGCGUGCAGGAAGCGAAUCACGAUUCCGAUCAUCCCCGGCAUCAUGCCGAUCCAGAACUACCUCUCAUUCCGCCGCAUGACCAACCUCUGCGGCACCCACAUCCCGCCUCAGAUCCUUGAUGACUUGCAGCGGAUUCAGCACGACGACGCGGCCGUCAAGGAAUACGGCGUCCAGCUCGCCGUCAAGAUGAUGCGGGAGCUGUUCGAGAACGACAUUCGCGGCUUCCACCUUUGCACCCUCAACCUCGAGAAGAGCGUCACGAGGGUCCUCGAGCUGUUGCAGUGGGUCGAGCCCGGCUCGACCAAGAUCAGUGCGCGCUUGCGCAAGGGUCUGUCUCCGAACGGCGCGCCUCUACCGAAGGUCAUCAACUCGCUUCGACCCGCGCCUUCGACGGGCGCGAACGUCGCUGGACCCGACAUCGCGCGCAAGGACAGUCCGGCGAGUUGGGACGAGUUUCCGAACGGUCGGUUCGGCGACGCACGCAGUCCUGCGUACGGAGAGAUGGACGGGUACGGUGUCAGCUUGAAGCUGCCGCCUGCCGAAGCGAUGCGACAAUGGGGACAGCCCACCGCCCUUUCCGACGUCUCUCGCGUCUUCUCCUCCUACCUCCGCGGCUCCCUCCCCUCGAAUCCGUGGUCCGAGGAACCCCUCCGCGCCGAGACCGAGAUGAUCUCAUCCCACCUGAUCGAGAUGAAUGACAAGCGACACUGGUGGACCGUCGGUUCGCAACCCGCCGUUGAUGGCGCACCUUCUGCCGACUCCGUCCACGGCUUCGGACCGAAGGGCGGCUACGUCUACCAGAAGGCGUUCGUCGAGUUUUUCCUGACGAGUGAAGAGCUGGACGAGUUGGAGCGCAAGAGCGACGAGGAUGAGCGGCGGCGGAGGGAGAGCGGAGAGGGCGACGACGGGCUCAUCAAGUGGUUUGCUGGGAACGCCAGGGGCGAAUUCAGGUGCAACAUGGGCAAGGGUGACGUCAACGCGGUGACGUGGGGCGUGUUUGGCGCGAAGGAGAUUGUCACGACCACCUUGAUUGAGGAGAUGAGCUUCCGGGCGUGGUGUGAAGAGGCGUUCGCGCUAUGGAACGAAUGGUCGCUGCUGUACCCGGCCAACUCGCCCUCCCGCACCUUCAUCCGCUCACUCGCCGACUCGCGAUGGCUCGUCUCGGUCGUCCACCACGACUACAAGGAGAAGGAUGCGCUGUGGAAGUGGCUUUUGGCGCUCAAGCGGCCGGAGGAGGCGCAGGGUGCGGCGAAAGGAGAGGCGGAGGGACGGUGA